AACAGUGAUCACAAUCUUCACGUUUCUAGCUCGAGUUACCGUGUCGAUACACGUGAUCUUGUGCACGCGUUUACUCAAAUCGGUCGUGUACUGAGGGUGAAUAGGAUGGCUUCGUUCAUGUGCGACCCACAUACCCGCUGUAUCGUGGGUCCAGAUUUGUCACUGGGAGUUUUUGCGGAGGCGGAUGCUGCCAUCACCGUGCUCAAUGCGACUGAACUCAUGGGGAAAACUCUUACCGUAGAAAGGGUAUACCUUUGCCAACCUUUGUUGAUUUAG